AUGUCGGGAUUGGUCCCUAGUAUCCAGAAGAGCACUGCUUUUUUCUGUAAUGUUUCUGAUCAUGUCAGAGAGGCUAUCUUGAAUGUCAUGCCGUUUGAAGCGGGUCUUUUGCCGGUUAGAUAUUUAGGGGUUCCCCUAAUAUCGACUAGACUCCUAGCGAAAGAUUGUAAUGUUUUGGUUGAAAGGAUGGAGAAGCGCAUUGGUAACUGGAAAAACAAACUGCUCUCCUUCGCGGGUAGAUUACAACUUAUUAUUUCUGUUUUGUCGGCUCUCCACGUGUAUUGGUCCUCCGUGUUUAUACUGCCAGCUAGUAUCAUUAAAGAGUUGGAGGCUAAAAUGCGAAAUUUCUUAUGGUCUCAAGAAGCUUCGUUUCAUAGAGGGAAAGCUAAAGUUGCUUGGAAUGCUAUUUGUGUCCCAAAAUAUGAAGGUGGCCUUGGUAUUCGUAGAGUGGGAGAUGUCAACAAGGCUCUUAUGGCGUCUCAUGCUUGGAGCAUUCUGAAUAAGAAAGAUUCAUUAUGGGUGGCCUGGAUUUACUCUUAUCGCUUAAAGCAGUGCAAUUUCUGGACGUGUAAAAUUGUGACGAAUUGUAGCUGGUCAUGGAGGAAGCUUCUUCAAAUCAGGCCUUUCUUAAGAAAUCAUAUUUGGUCAGACUUGGGGGAUGGGAGAAACACAUCGGCCUGGUACGAUUCUUGGAGUCAAAUUGGGCCUCUCGCUAAUUACAUUUCGCCUCGGGUGAUUACAAAUGCAGGUUUCAUGCUAAAUGCUAAAGUUGCAGAUGUUCACUUACACGGUUCUUGGGCUUGGCCGUAA